CAGAGAUUGAAAGCAAUAUUCCGACAUUCUCAAGGCCUACUUUAACACAGUAUUUCGCUUAUAUGAGCUUGCCGCUAAAUCAAGCUCCAUCAAGUACUGGAGGUAGUUUCUCUGGUAGUGGAGUUGAGGCCAGUAGUAGCAGUGGAUCUAGGACCAGUGACGACAAUAGGGAGACUAUAUAUAGGGCGCUUGUCGAUUUCUAUAAUGACGGGUGGUUUGUUCGGAAUAGCUGGGAUAAUAGAAAAGCACAGAACGGAUGCGUUGAUUAUGUGAUCAAGGCAAUUCUGAAGCUUGCGGGCGGAAGCAAUGGAAGAAGAAGAGAUGCCAAUACGAAUGCGGUGAUCUGUAUUGGACUAGGAUCAUUCAAGACAAACCGAGGACAAGUAUCGAAGCAUGGGAUAUUGAUGAAGAAGCUUGUUGAAAAGGCAAAAUCUCUAGACUACCCCAUUGUAGGUUGUCAUAAAUACUACACAUCUGCCAAGUGUCCACGGCCUCACUGUGACAGUAUAUUGGAGAAUGUUCCUUUUCGAUCCAAGUACUGUCGAAAUUGUAAAGCAUACUUUGAUCGAGAUGCUGUUGGUGCUGAGAACAUCGCAAGGGUCUGUGAGUCGCAGAUAAGAGAGCAAAAACGACCUGCAAAAUAUAUGCCGCCGGACGGAGGAACUCAAGGCCAAGCUUCUAGCGGUAGUGGCGGCGGUGGAGGUAGUGGUGGCAGUGGUGGUGGUAGUAGCAGAUCCACAAAAAGGAAAUUUUCAGAUGAAGGAGGAGGAGGAGUAGAGGGAUCAAGACCACCGAAAGGACCUUUGCUGGGUCCAGGAGGAGGGGGAGAGACAAGCCGGCAACAACAGUAGGACACAAUCUACUACAAACAUGACUAGGUCCAGAAAGGCCU